AGGGGGCCAUCCCAUCCGCCACCUACUGUUCCUAUUGCUCCUGCCUCAGUCCGUGAUACAAAUGACAGCUYUGUACCACGCCUUCGUAGGCUACUGGCUAACCUCUACAUUAGUAGUCAGCACUAAUUCUCGCAUAUUUUCCAACUGUCACAAUAGCAUAUUGUUGUUAACUACGACUGCACAGAGAGGACGUCGAGUUUUUCUUGAGUCGACAUAAAUACUCGGGAUGUAUUUCAAUCAAWGAACAGCAAUGAGAUUGUAGAAGCACUUUAUUUAUUUAUUUGGUAAAACAUUUCUUCACUUUAUUAUUAUUAUUUAUUUUUUUUGCGGAGGAGCGAUUUCAAACCUUUACCAUGCAUAAUGGACGAGUUGACAACCUCUUCGUUUAAAACUACCGGUUCCAAAUGGUUGCUUCCAGUCAGCGAUUUUUGUGGAUUUCCUUUGGAUCAGGUGAACUUCUUGGCAUGUCAGGUGUUUGCCCUUGGUGCAGCCUUCUGGUUCCGUCUUUACCUCAGCCCUCAGUUUUCCAGCCCGCCGUUGAUGAUAAUUACCCAGAAAACCACUAUGUUAGCUUUCCAAAUGCAUGAUGGUAUGUGUAAAAAGCGGGAGGACCUCACGUCUGAUCAGAGGCUCCAUGCUGUAGACUCCAAGCCGUCUCUGAUAGAAUACCUGAGCUACAACCUGAACUUCCUCAGUAUCCUGGUGGGACCCUGCAGUCACUAUAAGGACUACAUAGACUUUAUAGAGGGGAGACACGUUCAGAGGAGGCUGAGGAGGCUGUCAGCGUCCAACACUGGACAGAAUGGAUAUGAUAAAGUCCCAGAGCCCUCACCUAUGGCUGCUGUCACACGUAAACUGCUGAUCUGUGGUGUGUGCAUGGUCUUGUUCCUGACCCUCACCAAAGCGUUCCCCGUCACAUAUAACGUUGACAGCCAUUUCGUCAACGAGGCACCUUUCCUAAGCAGACUGACGUAUGCCUUCUUCUCUAUACAAGCUGCUAGACCCAAGUUCUACUUCGCAUGGACUUUAGCGGAUGCCAUCAACAACGCAGCAGGUUAUGGUUUUAAAGGUGUGGAUGAAGCUGGACAGGUAUCCUGGGACCUCAUCUCCAACAUCAGCAUCUGGGGGAUUGAGACAGCAACUAGUUUCAAGAAGUUCAUAGCAUGGAAUAUUCAGACUGGUGUUUGGCUCAAGUGUGUUUACGACCGUGCUCCCCGUUACCCCACAGCCCUGACCUUCAUCCUGUCAGCUCUAUGGCAUGGAGUUUACCCCGGAUACUACUUCACCUUUAUUACUGCUACCAUCACACUGGCAGCGAGAGCUGUCCGUAAGAACGUCCGUCAGUAUUUCCUGUCCUCUUAUCCUGUGAAGCUUGUCUAUGACGUGGUGACCUGGGCCGCUACUCAGCUGUGUAUCUGCUACACCGUCAUGCCCUUCCUACUGCUGGCAGUAGAAACAUAGCAUGCGUACUACAGGUGAA